UUCUUUGAAGCAGAUGAGCAGCAUAAACGUUUAGAAGCGGAGCUCAGAACUAGACUUGAGGUUUUGGAAACUGAUGCUGCCCAGCACCAAACUGUGGUGGACAGUUUAACAAGGAAAUACACGGAUACUAUAGAAAAGCUGCAGAAUGAUAAAACCAAAUUAGAAAUCAAGUCUCAGACACUAGAAAGAGAAGCUAAGGACUGUAGGCUUCGAACCGAAGAAUGCCAGCAACAGUUAAAGAAUCUUCAAGCAGCUUUGGGCAGUAGACUGGAAGAAUCUCUAUGCAUAAUCAAUGAAAAAGUCCCUUUUAAUGACACAAGAUCUCGCCGAUACAAUGCUCUGAAUGUACCGUUACACAACAGAAGAUACCAGCUGAAAUUGCGAGACCUUGCUGGCCAGGCACUGGCUUUUGUUCAAGAACUUGUAACAGCUCUUCUGAACUUCCAUACAUAUACUGAGCAGAGGGUCCAGAUCUUUCCCAUUGAUUCUGCAACAGACACUGUAUCACCAUUAAAUCAGAAGUUCUCACAGUAUCUUCAUGAAAAUGCUUCCUACGUUCGCCCUCUGGAGGAAGGAAUGCUUCACUUGUUUGAGAGCAUUACAGAAGAUACCGUGACAGUCCUGGAAACAGCUGUGAAAUUGAAGGCCUUCUCAGAACACUUAGCUUCCUACUUAGGCUUUUUAAGAAAGAUUCUUCCUUAUCAAUUGAAAAGUUUGGAAGAAGAGUGUGAGACUUCUCUUUGCACAGCUGCUUUAAGAGCCAGAAAUAUGGAGCUGCACAGAGACAUGAAAAGGUUGACUGCAGUCUUUGAGAAGCUACAUACAUACGUUAGUCUUCUUGUGUUACCAAGUACAAAACCAGAAGGUCUUCUUAGGACAAAUUACAACUUGGUGUUUACAAACAUUGCUGCAAGUCUUCAUGGAUUUCAUGACAUUUUAAAAGAUAUUUCCAAGCACUACAGUCAGAAAGCUACUUUAGAACAAGAUGUUCCAACUGCCACACAGAAACUCAUAACUACUAAUGACUGUAUUUUAUCCUCUGUUGCUGCUUUAACAAAUGGAGCAGGCAAGAUUGCCUCGUUCUUCAGCAACAAUUUGGAUCACUUCACUGCAUCACUGAGCUAUGGCCCUAAAGGAGGAACAGAGUUCAUCAGCCCUCUUUCAGCUGAGUGUAUGCUGCAGUACAAGAAAAAGGCGGUUGCUUACAUGAAGUCUUUAAAGAAGCCUUGUGCAGCUUCAGUGCCUUAUGAAGAGGCUUUAGCCAAUCGCAGAGUUCUCCUGAGUUCCACAGAAAGUAGAGAAGGCCUUGCACAACAGGUCCAGCAGAGUUUGGAGAAAAUUGCAAGACUUGAACAAGAAAAAGAACACUGGAUGUUAGAGGCCCAGCUAGCUAAAAUAAAGCUAGAGAAAGAAAACCAAAAACUGAAGAACUCUCUUAGCGGUCAUUUAACUGAAACUAUACAAGAGCAUUCUGUUUUGCCAAAUGUAGCUGAACAAAAGAAGGAAACCACAGAAAAGAGUCUGAGGGAACCCAUUAGGAGUACUAGUCUGAUUGGAAUGUUGACUAUAACUACUGAUAAUGAAAAGACUCCAGAUGUUGAGUCUCGUGAAGAUCUGAUAAAAAACCACUAUAUGGCAAGGAUAGCAGAACUUACAUCUCAUCUGCAGCUUGCUGACAGCAAAUCGGUACACUUUCAUGCUGAGUGUCGUGCACUUGCCAAAAGACUGUCUUUGGCAGAGAAAUCCAAGGAAUCUCUCACGGAAGAGUUGAAGCUAGCUAGUCAAAACAUCAGUAGAUUACAGGAUGAAUUGAUGACGACAAAGAGAAGCUAUGAGGAUCAGUUAAGUAUGAUGAGUGACCAUCUCUGCAGUAUGAAUGAAACCUUAACUAAACAAAGGGAAGAGAUUGAUACACUAAAGAUGACUAGUAAGGGAAAUUCUAAAAAGAACAAAAAUCGAUAG